AUGCCUUCUCGAAUGUCAAUAGAGAGUCUCGUGGAGUCCAGUCUGGCCACGCAGACCCUUGACGAGACUGAGGCUUUUCGAGAAGAUUUGGUCGGAUCGCACACCCCGCCAGCAGAUGCCAUGUCACCAUCGACGGAUAUACAGUGCCAACAAGCAGACAUGGAAUCGUACUCUGGUACGACAAGCCAUGCCACGGCGGCGUGUUCGUUAUUAUCGCCUGCAAAGCUGACGUCCUCUGGGCUACCCACCUUCAACGAUGUGUUCUCAAUACGUGGGCGGCAAUCCGUAGACGUCGCGUCCUCGAGUAUGGCUCUCCAGGAACAGAUGUUCAGCGGUUGUGGCAAUGAUCGCUAUGCAGUCAACAAUGCUUCGAGGUCCCUAGCUCAGGCGGCUGCGAUCCGGCCUUUCUCUUUCCAGCAGGCAAUUGCUAUUGUGGAUGGUAUGCUGGAUGUGGUGGUUGUGUGUUCAAGCCAGUGGAGCACGGCAUAUCGAGCGGCUAUUGCGCCGAGAGCUCGCGUCUCGAAGCCGGGUUCACUGAUGAACAUCUGGCGAAUGCUGCUGACUCUUCCUAUUGUGCCCCGGACGGGCGGCCUCACCCGUGCGCCUGUGGCUUCGGUUGUCAGCCUGUCCUGCAACAGGGCUUUGUUCUUCCAAACGGCGACGACUGGAGUGUAG